AUGAGUAAAAGUCCUCGGCCAGCGGACAAGGAGCUUCAAGCCUCUUCAGACGACACAAGUGCCACUCUCCCCAAUGAAAGUCGAGGAGCCGAUCACAAAGACCAAGAUGCCUCGUCCUUGGCCGGCGGCGAUGUCUUGUCAAGCAGCGAUGCCUCGUCAAUAGAAAGUCUUCAUGAGCCAUCUAGGCUACCAAGUGGUCCUAGAGAUGGCCAGAACGAAGACGACAUCUUCCGCGCACUCUCCCGCCGCCGGACAACAAACACCACCGGCUCCAGCAUAGGCGACGACCAGGAACCAGCAGAGAUUGAACGGCUCAUGUCACGCAUGUUUGGCCAUGCCCGGCGCGAACAGGGCCAGGAAGAGCGCAUGCGACACAGCGGCGUCAUCUUCCGCGACCUGACCGUCAAAGGCGUCGGCCUCGGCGCCAGUCUUCAGCCUACCGUGGGCGACAUAUUCCUCGGCCUUCCCAGGGCCAUUAGAAACCUCGUCAAAGGGGGCCGUAAAGCCGCCCAGGCUAAACCACCCGUGAGAGAGCUGAUUAGCCAAUUCAACGGCUGCGUCCGACCGGGUGAGCUUCUGCUGGUGCUGGGACGGCCCGGCGCAGGAUGCUCGACGUUUCUCAAGGCGUUCUGUAACCAGCGGUAUGGCUUCAAAGCGGUAGAAGGAAGUGUCACGUAUGGCGGGACGUCUGCCAAGGAUAUAGCCAAACACUUCCGUGGCGAAGUCAUUUAUAACCCCGAGGAUGAUUUGCAUUAUCCAACUCUGACGGUCAAGAGGACGCUUUCCUUUGCGCUUCAGACACGCACUCCUGGAAAAGAGGAUCGUCUCGAGGGCGAAAGCCGUCAGUCAUACGUCAAGGAAUUCCUCCGCGUAGUGACCAAACUCUUCUGGAUAGAACACACCCUAGGCACCAAAGUCGGCAACGAAUACAUCCGCGGCGUUUCCGGCGGCGAGAGAAAGCGCGUCAGUAUCGCAGAGGCAAUGAUCACACGAGCCUCCGUGCAAGGAUGGGACAACUCUAGCAAAGGCCUCGACGCAAGCACAGCGCUGGAAUACGUCAGGGCCAUACGAGCCAUGACAAACAUGGGCAAGAUUUCGACGUCGGUCUCGCUGUACCAAGCCGGAGAGUCCCUGUAUGAGUUGGUGGACAAGGUCCUGAUCAUCGAUGGCGGCAAGUGUCUCUACUUUGGGCCUGCGGAAAAGGCAAAGCAGUAUUUCCUAGACUUGGGAUUUGACUGCCCUGAUCGAUGGACGACGGCCGACUUCUUGACGUCUGUCAGCGACCAGCAUGAGCGAAGCAUUCGUUCUGGAUGGGAGAAUCGUAUUCCGCGAUCACCGGAUGAGUUCUUUGAUGCGUACCGGCAAAGCGACAUAUACAGGGAGAACCUUGCAGACAUGGACAGCUUUGAAGAGGAAGUACGUCGUAAAGCGGAAGAGCGAGAGGUUGCCACCGCACAGUCCAAGAAACCGGUGGAAAACAACUACACUUUGGCCUUUCACCAACAAGUCAUUGCCCUCACCAAGCGCCAGUUUCUCAUCAUGAUAGGCGACAAAACAUCGCUAUUCGGCAAAUGGGGCGGACUCAUCUUCCAAGGCUUAAUCGUGGGAAGUCUCUUCUUCUCUCUCCCGUCGACAUCACUGGGGGCGUUUCCCCGUGGAGGCGCCAUCUUCUUUCUUCUGCUGUUUAAUGCCCUCCUCGCGUUGAGCGAAAUGACGGCGGCAUUCUCUUCCAAGCCCAUCAUGCUCAAGCAAAAGUCGUUUUCGUUUUACCGACCUGCUGCUUAUGCCAUUGCGCAGACGGUUAUGGAUGUGCCUCUUGUUUUCAUCCAGAUUGUCUUGUUCAACACUCUUAUAUACUUUAUGGCAGAUCUUGCGCGCACGGCAUCGCAGUACUUCAUCGCAACACUUAUCCUCUGGCAGGUCACCAUGGUCACGUAUGCCUUCUUUCGAAGUUUGGCGGCUUGGUGCCCUACUCUUGAUGAAGCCACGCGAUUUACGGGUGUCUCGCUACAAAUUUUGAUUGUGUACACUGGUUACUUGAUUCCUCCUUCAUCGAUGAGAGUGUGGUUCUCCUGGCUUCGACGUAUUAAUUGGAUUCAAUACGGUUUCGAAUGCUUAAUGGCAAAUGAAUUCACAGGCUUACAGCUCGUCUGUGUUGGUCCGAAUCUAGUACCCCAAGGUCCUGGCACAUCGCCGCAAUUCCAAUCUUGUACUCUGGCAGGUAGCCAACCAGGGCAGACAGUCGUCGAAGGCGCAGCAUACAUCGAAAUCGCCUUUCAGUACUCCCGUUCGCAUCUCUGGCGCAACUUUGGCAUUCUCUGGGUCUUCUUCGCCUUCUUUGUUGCCCUGGCGGCGCUCGGAAUGGAGCUGAUGAAGCCAAACGCCGGCGGAGGCGCAAUCACCAUGUUCAAACGAGGCCAGGUGCCCAAGACUGUGGAGGCGUCCAUCGAGACUGGCGGCAGAGGCCUGGACAAGAAGAUGGACGAAGAGACCGGCGUGACCAGCCACAUCACACCCGCCAUGAUCGAGGAGAAAGAGCCCGAGAAGAGCGACUCGAGCAGCGGCGGCCCGAAAAUCGCAAAGAACGAGACUGUCUUUACGUUCCGCAACAUCAACUACACCAUUCCGUAUGAAAAGGGAACGAGGGACCUGCUGCAAGAUGUCCAAGGCUACGUCCGGCCAGGAAGGCUCACGGCGCUCAUGGGCGCAUCAGGGGCGGGAAAGACGACGCUGCUCAAUGCCCUGGCCCAGCGCAUCCGCUUCGGAACCAUCAGCGGCGAGUUUCUCGUCGACGGCCGGCCUCUGCCCAAGUCCUUCCAGCGAGCGACGGGGUUCGCCGAGCAGAUGGACAUCCACGAGCGCACGGCCACUGUGCGCGAGGCUCUGCAGUUUUCUGCGCUGCUGCGACAGCCUCAGGAGGUCCCCAAGGAGGAGAAGCUCGCGUACUGCGAGACAAUCAUUGAUCUUCUCGAGAUGAGAGACAUUGCCGGUGCAACAAUUGGAAGAGUCGGCCAGGGCCUCAACCAGGAGCAGCGCAAGCGGCUGACGAUUGGCGUCGAGCUGGCGUCCAAGCCCGAGCUGCUCAUGUUCCUCGACGAGCCAACAUCGGGCCUCGACUCUGGCGCUGCCUUCAACAUUGUGCGAUUCCUGCGCAAGCUGGCUGAUGCCGGCCAGGCCGUCCUCUGCACCAUCCACCAGCCAUCAGCCGUGCUCUUUGAACACUUUGACGAGCUCCUCCUCCUCAAAUCCGGCGGCAGAGUCGUCUAUCACGGCCCGCUUGGGCAGGACAGCCAGACGCUUAUCCAGUACUUUGAAUCCCACGGCGCCGCCAAGUGCCCCCCCAACGCGAAUCCCGCAGAGUACAUGCUCGAGGCCAUUGGCGCCGGCGACCCCAGCUAUCACGGCCAGGACUGGGCCGACGUCUGGGCCUCGUCCGCCGACCACGAAGAGCGCUCCAAGGAGAUCCAGCACAUGAUCGACACGCGGCAGCGAGUCGAGCCGUCGCAGAGCCUCAAGGACGACCGCGAAUACGCCGCGCCACUGUCGCUCCAGACGGCAUUAGUGGUCAAACGCGCAUUUGUCUCGUAUUGGCGCUCACCCAACUACAUCGUGGGCAAGUUCAUGCUGCACAUCCUGACGGGCCUCUUCAACUGCUUCACGUUCUGGCGCCUGGGCUACAGCACCAUCGCCUACCAGAGCCGGCUCUUCUCCAUCUUCAUGACGCUGACCAUUUCGCCGCCGCUGAUCCAGCAGCUGCAGCCCGUCUUCCUCGAGUCGCGCAACCUGUUCCAGUCGCGCGAGAACAGCGCCAAGAUCUACAGCUGGGUCGCCUGGACGACGAGCGCCGUGCUGGUCGAGAUCCCCUACGGCAUCGUCGCCGGCGCCAUCUACUUCAACUGCUGGUGGUGGGGGAUUUUCGGCACGCGCGUGUCGGGCUUCACGUCGGGCUUCUCGUUCCUGCUGGUGAUUGUGUUUGAGCUGUACUACAUCAGCUUCGGCCAGGCCAUUGCGGCGUUUUCGCCCAACGAGCUGAUGGCGAGCCUGCUCGUGCCCGUCUUUUUCCUCUUUGUCGUCAGUUUCUGCGGCGUCGUCGUGCCGCCCAACCAGCUGCCGACCUUUUGGCGCAGUUGGAUGUACUGGCUCAGCCCCUUUCACUAUCUCAUGGAGCCGUUUCUAGGGGCUGCGAUCCACGAUCAUCCUGUAAAGUGCAGCAGCACCGAGUUUGCGCGGUUCAGCGCUCCGCCGGGCGAGACUUGCGAGAGCUAUGCCGGGCCGUUUAUCAGCCAGAACGGUGGGUAUGUGCAGACGGCGGCGGAUGGACUGUGUGAACUAUGCCAGUACGCGACUGGUGACCAGUUUGGAAAGGGAUUCAGCGUGUAUUACAGCCAUAUUUGGCGGGACUUUGGCAUCUUUUGCGGCUUCAUUGCGUUUAAUUUUGGGGUGGUGUAUUUCUGCACGUUUUUGAAGUUCAAGGGCAAGAACCCCUUCAAGCGCCGUGGCUGA